AUGUUCGCCAUGCGAUGGCUUUUCCCUUUCAUACUAUUAAUAAGAAGUUCAUAUGAACAGUCAGCAAUCAAUCAGAAUGUUGGUCAGGCGACAGGAGUUCAAGCUGGAGCUCAAUCAACUCUUUUCUCAGGAACCGGAACCAAUCCUUAUUAUGGAGUCAAUCUUGUUCCGUUCGGCCCAGAAGCUGGAGAUUUGAAAGUUAAUCCGGGUAUGCUGACGGCUGGUCAAACCAUAGAUUUACAUAUGUUUUUCCCAUUCUAUGGUGGAUUAUACAAUUACACAACGUUAUCAGUUAACGGAUAUAUGGGAUUUGCAACUGUAUUGGAUCAAGGUCCUACUAUCAACGUUGGCCCAGACUCUACAGAUUGGCCACGUCAAGAAGAUCCGGCUAUGAUUGCUCCCUACUUGUGUAAACAACAGGUUCCUCAGACUGGAAAUCCUGCACGUCGUUCUGGGGUUUAUUAUCGCCUUGUUCUUCGUCAAUCUUUGUUCGGGCAAGAGUCGGGAUCCAAUAUGAACUUGGGGCAAACCAUGCAACGAUCUGGUUUCUUCGGACAAGCAGCAACCCAAGCUUGCCCAGGAACUCCUGACUCUUAUGUGCGUUGUGAUCAACAAAGUGAUUUCUUCCUUGAUGAAAUGAUGAGAUGGUUACAAGAAGGAGUGGCCGGAGCUUCUAUGUUCCGAGCUGAUGCUGCCUUGGUUGUUACCUGGUACAGCACAGCUUCAGCUAUCUCGGGUAGAUCUGACAUUGAUGCCGGUCAAACAGCUACUUAUCAGGCAAUUUGGUUGACUGAUCAACCGGGACGUCUCUCUUAUACCAUUUUCAAUUACGACCGACUUGGCUUUGAUGCUCAAGAUUUCCGUGCCAACUCCCGCUCAGGACGUUGUCGUGCUAUUUUCAACGGAGGAAAUCAUACUGGUGUUGUUGAUGUUGAUCCUACUCAAGCUUACAAAAACACUCCAAAAGUUUUGGCCCAAAGAUCUGGAGUUCCUCAUAUGGUUCGCGGUCGCUACAUGUUCAGAGUUGACGAUAUUGUUCGCCCCGCUGGUUGCAGUAACAAGACUGGUGGUACAUACCCCAUCAUGAUCUACCCAAAUAUCGUAAAUAUGCUUGGUGAAAUGACUGUUGACAUCAAUGCCAUGUGCCUCGAAAGAACUCAAACCUAUAUUCUUAUGAUAGAAGAAAGAGAGGCCGCUACCUGUACAGUUCUUAAUCCUUCUAUUGCUCGCUGUAAUCUUCCAAAAAUUUAUGAUUGGGGAACGAAAACUGUUUACUUCCAACCUCAAUCGAGAGGAGGGAACGAUGAGAAAGCAUUUGUAGGAUACAUCUACUUCGUACCUCCGACACUAGAUCCUAUGAGGUUAGACAUCGGUAAUAUAUACGAAUGGUUCAAAAAUCCAAUGCCCAACUAUUUGAUGCCUAUAACAUGGUAUCCAAGAAACUUCACAAACCCUGAUCUGAUGAAUAAUAUCAACCAAGUUGGUUCGAGAAUAUCUGAUGAUGCUUUAUAUGGAGUACAACUCGGUCUAUACGUUGUUGGUUACAGAGAAUACAAAGAUGAUGAGAUUAAAAAGUUCCGUCCCGAGCAUCGAACUCUUUGUCGAUUGGCAACUUACACGAAUAGAAACAGCAUUGAUUACAGAUGGAGACCACAAGAGGAAGUCAUUAAUAUCAAUCAGGUUCAACAAUGGUAUUUGACUGAUUGGGAAAGAAUGAAUACACUGUACUCUUACCGAACGGGAUAUUUGAAACUUGCGCCCGUACGACCGAACGAUCUGAACGGAACUGAACUACUUUCUGGACUAGUUACUGCACCUAUCUCCCUUCAUUGGCUUUGGAGUCCUGAAGAUACUCGGUUUACUGGUACAACAUUCAGUGCUGGUGAACAGAGCCAACGUGAAGAAUUCGUGAAGCAAAAAUCCAAAGAAAUGUGUCACGAUUGGUAUGAUGAGGAUGGAGCUCUAUGGAACUUCAUCAGAGAUACGGAAACUAACUCCUCAUGCCCAUGUGUUGAAACGCAAGCUCGUAUGGAUCUUGGACGACUUAUGCCCCAUCCACGUUGUUCUCAAAUGUUCCGUGAUAUCACCUGUUCAUCAAUGAUCGGAUCCAAAAACUGUUAUAUGUCUUCUCAAAACAUUUACUCUUCAUAUGCUGGUGGAGGAAACACAUUCUCUGGACAGAACUCUCACCGCUUCAUGACUCAUUAUGGACAAGUUUGUUGUUAUGAUGAAGCCGGAUUCCUUAUGCAAACUCCUUAUCAACCAGUUCUUAAAACCCAAAAAGAUUAUUUCUACAAUCCUGGAUACCCAUUGAGAGCUUAUGAGUUCGGUACUGCACCUUACAUGGGGCAGUUCGAGGUUCCUGGUUUGUCUGUGUUCCACCACGAUUAUAUGCCGUAUUUCCUUUGUUGUAAAUUUACUGACUUCCGUUGUCAAAUGUUCUAUUGGCGUCGUCCAUCUUCGGCCUGUCAGGAAUACCAACCACCAGCUACAGGACAAGCAUCUGGAUUAGGAACAUUCAACACAAUUGACAAUGACAAGUUCAUCUUCAAUGAACCCGGAGUUUAUAACUUCCUUUACAUUCCUCAAACGACCAGAACACCAGAAGUCAAAAUUCAAGUUCGGUUAGAAAGAUAUCCGAACAGAAAGGUUGAUUUCGGAUUAUUGGGAAGAUACAUUCCUCAAUCAGAUUUGGUUCAACCUAUCAAUGCUACUGUCAUCACAGGAAUCACAUUAGAAGCUACUGGUACAGACAGAGUACAUGUGAUGGCUCGUAAGGAUACUCGUCGCUUCCGUUACCGUACUGAUAUCUUGGUCGGAAACAUUCUACGUUAUUUCGAUACAAUCCGUCUUCAAAGAUUCAAAGGAGUUCUCAUUUAUGUUAACAACGUUGAGCGUGGUCAACCUGAGAUAUACGUCGUUUUAGAAGAAGCUCAAAUUGGUGUUCGCAUUAGAGAGUCAUAUGCUUUGGAUAUUGAUCGAUUACCUAUGUACCAAGAAAGUAUGGGAAUGCUUGAUAUUCAGCUAUCGGUUCCACCUCAAUAUGGCGUUAGACCAGAUGGUGACAAGACACGUGAAACGGAAAUGAGACAAAGAUAUGAUCUUCCUCGAAUCAGUGGUUUGAUGCGUCCAUUCCCAGAGCAAACCUCUGGAGCCCUGAUGACUGGUUUGACAUUGAAUGAUGUCAACUCAGAAACGUACCGUCAGCAAAUCAUAAAUAACUAUCGCGUCUUGGGAACUGGAGAAUCUGGUUCACAACAGAAUAUGGCUGGAACUUUAGCUCAAGGUCUUCCAGCUGACAAUAUGUUUACAACAUCUAAAGAUGAGGAUAAGAAGUUCAAUGUGUUCCCAGAGGCAAACAGCAGAGCUGAGCCAAUCUACAAGGCUGCACCUGAGUAUGAAGCUGGUCGAAAUAGAUUCGAGGCUCAGACAGGUAUGGACAUAAACCAAUUGCUGAAUGCUUGUCGCGAUCUUCAAUCUAAUAUGGCAGUUGAUUUACAACCAUUACAAUCAACUAUAAAUCUUCAAUUUGGAGCGCAAAACUGUCCAGAUGAUCCAGGCAGCAUUCUGAAUGAUUGCGGAGAUAAUGUGCCUUGUCUAUAUUCGUAUGCAUUAAUGAAUUCAAAGGUAUUGGCUAAUGAAGAACAAGAUACUUGGAAUACAUUUACAGUUGAUCGAGUUGAAGCUAUUCGUCAAUAUAAUAGUUGUGGAGCUAUUAAUAUUGAAUAUCCUGAAUACAUGAUGAAAACACCAGCCUUAUCACCUGGCUAUCUUCAAGGCAAUGUUGCUCGAUUCGAAUGCUAUCAAUCUCACUGGAUCAAAGGAGACAAUGAAUACAAAUGUGGAAUCGUUGUUGAUUACAAUAAUCCUAACAACUAUCGCUUUGAAUGGAACAAAGGACAUCAACCAUGGUGCAGAUCUCGUGUGAAAGAAAAUUAUUUCAAAUACAUUGCUGUGUUCUUCGGAAGUGCUGGAGUAGUGAUUGCAAUCAUCAUGGUAUUCCUUGUUUGUUGGUGCAUCAAGCAGAAGAAGAGACAAGAAAGCCCCAGCUCAUACAUGACUUAUGAUCAACGAGAUAAUGGCGGUUUCCAGAAAGAUGAAUUCAGAAUUGGAUCUCCGGUUGAUCGACAACCACCAGCACAGUUCCCAAUUAGUGGAACACCAGCUACAUUCGAACCUCGAAGCUUUUCACCAAUUGAGACAACAGAACAACCCGGAUCAAUGGUUGGAGGCUAUAAUCCCGCGUCAUCAAAUAAGAAUCUAUUCGGCUUUAAUACAAGUGUAUAA